AUGAUGCUUAGUUCAAGACUGCCAUAUCUUAAAUAUUUGGCUGUAUUAUUGACUGUUGUCACUAUUUAUGUAUUAACUCAUCAUAGUACUACUAUUACUUCAUCACUUCCUACUCAACAACAACAACAACAGCAACAGCAACCAUCACAAGCUCAGCCACCACAAGUUGAAAAUGUUAAAGUACCAGAAGAAUUGAAAACUGAACCUGAACAAAAAGAUCAAAAAAAUGAAGAAGUCAAAGCUGAAGUUGAACAAGAAUCAACAUCCAAGGCCGUUAAACCAAAGGAAUCAACUCCUGAAGAAAAACCAAAAAGAAUAAAAGCUACAUUUGUUACAUUAGCAAGAAAUGAAGAAUUGUACGAUUUAAUUAAAUCUAUUCGUACAGUUGAAGAUAGAUUUAAUAGAAAAUUCAAUUAUGAUUGGGUUUUCUUAAAUGAUAAAGAAUUUACUCAAGAAUUUAAAGAUUUAACAAGUUCUAUAGUUUCUGGUAAAACAAAAUAUGGUAAGAUUCCAACUGAACAUUGGUCAUAUCCUGAUUUUAUUGAUUUGAAAAAAGCUGAAGAAACUAGAAAGAAUAUGAAAUUAGCUAAAAUUAUUUAUGGUGAUUCUGAAAGUUAUAGACAUAUGUGUCGAUUUGAAAGUGGAUUCUUUUGGAGAAAUGAAUUAUUAGAUGAAUAUGAUUGGUAUUGGAGAGUUGAACCAGGUAUUGAUAUUCAUUGUGAUUUAGAUUAUGAUUUAUUCAAAUACAUGGAAGAUAAUAAUAAAGUUUAUGGUUUCACUAUUUCAAUUCAUGAAUUUAGAAAAACUAUUGAAACUUUAUGGGAUCAUACUAAAAAAUUCAUUAAAGAAAAUCCUCAAUAUAUUGCUAAAGAUAAUUUCAUGGAUUUUAUCAGUGAUGAUAAUGGUGAAACUUAUAAUUUAUGUCAUUUCUGGUCAAAUUUCGAAAUUGCUAAUUUGAAUUUUUGGAGAGGUGAAGCUUAUACUAAAUAUUUUGAAUAUUUAGAUAAAACUGGUGGUUUCUUUUAUGAACGUUGGGGUGAUGCUCCAAUUCAUUCCAUUGCUGCUAGUUUAUUCUUACCUAAAGAUAAAAUCCAUUAUUUUGAAGAUGUUGGUUAUAGACAUGGUGUUUAUACUCAAUGUCCUUUAAAUUCUCAAUUCAGAUAUGACCAUAAAUGUCAUUGUAAUCCUGAUAAAGAUUUCACUUUCAGAGGUUAUUCUUGUGGUAAGAAAUAUUAUGAAAAAAUGGGUUUAGAAAAACCUAAAGAAUGGGUUGAUUAUCAAUAG